GCUCAUAAAACCCAUCCACCUGUCACCGAGCUUGGCAUUCAGACUGCUGUGCACGGACCUCACCUACUCUCCGCUGUUCGGUGACAGGGAACAGCAUGACCGAGAUUCACAAAGUGUUGCGGGAGCAGUUUCUCUGGGCACCGGUCAAGGUCCAGGAGCCCAAGUUCCCUGUUUCUGCAAAACCUGCUUCUCCACAGGCAAAGCCCCUCGACAGUACCCACCUGGAGGUACAGAAACCCGAGCCCCCGGUCCCCAGCAGCUCCUGCCAGCUCCUGCAAUUCCGUCUGAGGGGCUGUAACGGGCAGAAUGCCCUCAUGAGUGCUCGCUCCGACAGCACCGUCAUGGAAUUGAAGGAGAAGAUUUCCCUUAGCAUUGGGGUUCCCCCGAAGAAGCAGAUCCUGUACGUGAACAACCAGACCCUGCAGGAUGGCAAGGUGCUGCGGGAUUUUAACCUCCGAGGGCUCACUGACCUGCUGGUGGUACACAAGGUGCGAGGAGGGUAACGCUCCCCCCACCCUCCCAAAGAGAGGCAGGAAUUCCGGGAUGUCUCCUGAUCCCGGGAAAUGAUCGGUCUGUGUUUGAUGAAACUUCCUCCGUCGGUCUGAGAGCGGGAUGCAAUCUCCCAGACUGUGCCAUCUCCCUCUCUCUCUCUCUCUCUCCGUG